UUUCUGGUAUGGAUUCAACCGCCAUAUUCGCUUCAUUGCGCUCAACGGCUCAAGUCUAAACCACUCUCCCCUUGGAGGCCGUAUCCCUUUCUCCAUGGCCACAUGUCAUUGCCUCCUUCUCCCAGUUCCCUUCAAACCUACCAUUAUCCCUCCUAAACCCAUCUCCAAAAUCACCUGCUCGUCAAUCACAACCCAGUCACAAUCAGCCAAGCAACACCUCCUUACUCUAAUCUCCGAUCAACACCGUGGCCUCAAAACCCAAAAUGAUCCCAUUAAAAGAUCCUCAAUUAUCCAAGCCAUUGAUGCAAUGGCUGAUCUAGGAAAAGAUACAGUCACCACUGAUGACUCACUUUCUGCCACUUGGCGGUUGCUUUGGACCACAGAGAAAGAGCAACUUUUUAUCAUAGAGAAAGCUCCAUUGUUGGGUACUCAAGCUGGUGAUGUUUUGCAGGUUAUAGAUGUUGAAAAAAGGACUCUUAAUAAUGUUAUCACUUUUCCACCUGAUGGGGUUUUCUUUGUACGCUCAAGUAUUGAAGUUUCUUCAUCUCAAAGAGUGAAUUUUAGAUUUACAAGUGCGGUUUUAAGAGGGAAGAGUUGGGAGAUACCGUUGCCGCCUUUCGGCCAGGGAUGGUUUGAAUCGUUGUACAUUGAUGAGGAGAUUAGAGUAGUGAAGGAUAUCAGGGGAGAUUAUUUAGUUGUUGACAAAGCUCCUUAUGCUUGGAAAGAAUGAAAGGUUCUGAUCUGAGUUGUGAAAGGAUAAUCAUGGAAACUAUUCAGUUGUGGAACAGGCUUCUCAUAAUUGGACAGAGCUGUAUUGUAUUAAUUUGGUAAUUUACCACUUCCAUGCUGCAGCUAUUAUCUCCAUGAAACUAUAAAUGUUCUGACAUACAUGUAAACUCAUUUAGAAGGCUUGGUUGUUUUAUGCCAGUGCUAUAAUACCUCUAUUUAAUGCC